AUGACCACAAGAUGUAACAACAGCAGUUCACCCACUGAAGACCGACAAGAAAUACUAUCCAUCCGGAGGAGUUUGAGUAAAGGGAACUCACUGAAACUACCCCAAAUGGAGCUAGAAGAAGAGACGGUCGAACCCAGGGACCUCUCCCAAAAAAACAGGAGGGGGGUCAUAGUCCGUCUCAUGAUAGAGGAAUUGAGUAGAAUCUGUGGGAGAUCAGCUAACGGAUGGACGACAAGUCAGGCCAGCUCACUCAAAACCUAUGAGGGAGCCAGAGUAGAUAUCCACUGGAAUCAAGUCAUCUCAUCAAAAAAAACAGAGACACAAGGAAGCCUCCCCCAAAGCAUAAGCAAGCAAACGACAACAAAGAAGAGGCUUCAAAAUAAGAUGAUGAAUAUCCGCCAAAAAAUAAAUGAGACUAGUUGGUCAGUCUUGAAAGAAAAUAAAUGA